AUGGUCGCUCUCCAAAAAAGUUUUGAGCACUUGGUACUGGAUAUUAACAUCGAGGUGGAUAUGAAAUAUUUGAAGAAGUUUUUUAUGCUUAAAUUGAUAAAAGUCAGAUAUUAUAUUCCUUUCGAAAACUUGACUGCUUUGAUAUGCAAUCAAAGUUGGUGUAAUUUUAGUCGUGGAACCAAUGGCAUAGAGUGUCCUGAAAUGUGUGAUUGUCGAUUUAUUUACGACGAUUUGGAACUGAAUAUCAACUGCAGCAACAGAGGUCUCUCUCGCAUUUCGCCUCUACCUAUUCCCAUCACCGGAGGUGUAAAACUAAUAUUCCGCGACAACAGCUUAUCACAGUUGCCAGACAACACUUUAGCUGGAUAUAAAAAUUUAAAAAAACUUGACGUUUCCGGAAAUUUCUUAACCCGCUUGAGUAUUAAUUGUCUGCCCAAAAAGUUAGACUAUCUUGAUAUUAGUUUUAACAAAAACCUUAGGUAUCUGGAUCUAAGAAACAAUAGUUUGGAGACCCUCGAUGAGGAGGUGAUUCGUCACCUAAAAGGGUUCAAAGACUUUACUGAAGUUCAACUAUCCGGGAAUCCCUGGAAUUGUGACUGUAAGUCCAGAUCGAUCCUUUCAUUUCUAAGGGACUACGAAUCGUUAGAAUAUAACCUCACCUUGAACCGUUGCAAUAUAUCUCGAGCGGAUUGUCCCGAUACUUGUGUUUGCUGCUUGGAUAACUCAACAUGGUCAUCCGUCAUAAUCGAUUGCAAGGGAGAAGGACUUCAAAGGAUUCCCGAGUUGUCAAUGAAGGUUUCCUAUGUGGAUUUAAGGAACAACAAUAUAACAGCACUGACACAAAAGGACCUCCAUUUUUUUGAGUACAGAUCACAUCUUUCUCCGUUCAAGUUGGUGUUGCUUAACAAUCCGUGGUCCUGCUCCUGCAAGGACAUAAAAAAUCUCAAUUUCAUGAAAAACAUUUCGUCGAUUAUUGUAGAUUUCACUGAGAUAAACUGCGCCAAUGGAGUAAAGGUCGUCUCGAUAGAUCAAGACAUUAUUUGUCCUUCUGGCCUCGUGUUUUAUUUAGCCCUAGCAAUCACCCUUGCAGCUGUGGUCGUUGCCAUUAACCUUUUGAUAUGCUUCAGACAGCCGCUCCUGGUCUGGUUCUACGAGCACGAAGUCUGUAUGAGUCUGGCCGCUAGAAGGGAACUCGACCAGGCAAAACAAUUCGACGCUUUCCUGGCCUUCAACCACAAGGACGAGCCGCUGGUGCAGGAGUUCGUGGAGAGGCUGGAGCUCGGAAAACCCAGGUUUCGACUUUGUUUCUACCUGCGAGACUGGCUGGCGGGCGAAUCCAUCCCAGAUUGUAUUGGCAGGUCUGUCAGAGACUCGCGGCGCAUUAUAAUCCUGAUGACGGACAACUUCAUGAAGUCCACCUGGGGCCGCCUCGAGUUCCGCCUCGCCCUGCACGCCACAUCGAAGGAUCGGUGCAAGCGCCUGAUCGUCGUCCUUUAUCCGGAUGUGAAAAACUUCGACAGCCUGGACAGCGAGUUGAGGGCCUACAUGGUGUUUAACACCUAUCUGGAGAGGAGCCAUCCGAACUUUUGGAACAUGCUGAUCUACUCGAUGCCCCAUGCAAAGCUCCGUUUUGAAUCAACGACCACAAACGCUUGA